GUAUAUAGUACGGAAACUUUCUGUAAACCAAUUGACAGUUUUUCACCGCAGCAUUUUUACAGUCUUUUACUGUUAAAAUCACGGUCAUUUUGUACAGUGUACAACUACACAGACUGUCAACAUGUUUAUAGAUUUUACUGGUUACAAACUGAAAACCCAUCAACUUGUUCUUCUAGAACCCCUUUUCCUAAAGGUAUAGUUCUCCCAAAUAACUAUAAAAUAUAAAUAAAUUUUCCAAAAGAGUUUUUUUACUGUGAUACCAUAGAAGAACCAUUCAUUAAUUCAUUUUUUUUUUUUUUCUUCUUCUUUUUGAAAAGGCCCAUUUUAAUAGUAUGUAGAACAUUUUUUUCAAUAUAAAGAAGCUUUUGUGUAAUGGAAAGCUUAAAUGGAUGUUAAAGGUUCUUCAGGGAACUAUAUGUCAAUAAACUUUUAUUUUUAAUAAUGUAUCCCUCUGAGAGUUGUUUUUGCAUUUUACGAAAAUAUGAAUGAACUGUGAUUCCAUAAUAUUUAUAAGGAAGAAACAUAUCUCCAAUAUCAAUACGCAAUUGUCACGCAAGAGUCAAAACCAAGCAUAAAACGCCUAAUUUUCACACACCGCAGAGUUACGUGCAUCUGUCAACUCUGCAGUUACCAUUCCUUAUUUUCGGCAUGAUACAGUUGGAAAGAUCAGAUCCUGUGUGUUGAGGAGGUGUGUCAAAACCUGUUGACUGAUGUCUACACUUGCCUUGAGGGCACUUGUAAACACAGAAUACACCUUUGCUUAUAGGCAGCUGGCUCACGUGACACAUCUACAGAUUGCAUUUAAAAACCCCUCUCUCCCUCUCUGAGACUGACAGAUCUGAACUAGUAGGUGAGGAGAAGAUCUCAACAUGUGGAUGUUUUGCAAAGAUAACUGUUUGUAGUUCACACAGGACCAUAAGAGUUCUAAUCUCUCAUACCAAAGCAGAGAUUUGCAUUUUGAAGUAGACAAAAGUGAACAACGAUGAGUUUGGGCAGCACCAGUACAGAAUCUGAAGUUUCAGAGGAUGAGUUGGAGGAUUGUCCUUUAGGUCAGGAUGACGAUUGUGACAACGAAAGCCCCGGAAAGGUUCGUUCAGAGCGCUCAAUGUCAUCCGGCCCAAGUGACACAGAGGACGUCAAAGCAGUUAAGAGCCGAACUCGGCCCAAGCGGUCCAAAGCACGGAGAGUCGCCGCCAACAUCCGAGAACGGAAGCGCAUCCUGGACUACAACCAGGCCUUCAACGCAUUGCGCACGGUCCUCAAACACGACCUUAGUGGAAAGCGCCUGUCCAAGAUUGCCACGCUCCGCCGUGCCAUCCACCACAUUUCAACACUAUCUUUGUAUCUGCGGACACAUUCGGCCACAGAACCACAAGCACCUCCGUGUACUCAAUCGGAGUGCUAUCGGCAGCCGGAAGAGAACAGUUCCCUGUCCAGGAAGACCGGAACUUUCCAGGAACCGAUAGAUAACUACAUUCCCCAUCAGCCAGAGCUCACAGUCUCUACAGAGAUGUAUCAAGACGCAUCAAUCUCUACACCAUCUCAACACUACAACCACUGCGCCACCAACAGUCAGGAACACGUGAAUCAUGGACACUUCAGUCACCACUGGGAGGACCAAAGCAGUGAUUACUACAGUGGAGGACCUGGAUAUCAACAUGGGACGAGGGUCACCUGUCAUCAGAACCAUAUGGACACUUAUGCAGACUCUGCUAACCCGUCUUUGGCUUGGCAGCUGGGUUACCUUCAAUGUCAUGGACACCAGCAGUUCCUGAGUAUGCACUAACUUUUCUCAUGCUAGAGUUAUUUUGAAAAGCAUUAGAAAUUUUUGAAUAUAAUAGUGUACAUUAAGAGUAUUUUGGGAUAAAUUUCUCAGGUGAAAAAAAUAUACUGUAUAUUACAGCAAAUGCCUUGUAAAAGUCCUCUAACUGUUAGUUUAUUGUAAAUUGUAAAUAAUAUUUAAAAAAAAAAAAAACUCUUUUCAAACCACUGUCCUUAAAAGUCUAAAUAUCUUUUAAAUGUAAAUGUAAUACAGUCAUAUACUACUCCUACCCAACAGAUAUAACGUAUUAAGUGCAAUCCAUUUUCAUUUUGAUUAAAUCAUUAGAACAUUUCAUAAGAUUCACAUUAUUUCUACAGUGAUAUCUAACCCUGAUCCAUGUCAUUAUUGAAGUUUGUUUGUGCCUCAGAGUAAAAAAUAAAAUAAAAUAAGAGUAAUUGCGACUUUAUAUGUCACAAGUCAUCUUCAUUUAUCUUUAUUGUGAUUUUAUUUCUUACAAUAUAACUUUACAUAUCAUAAUGUGACUGUAUUUUGUAAUAUGACUGAUUUUACAUCUUGCAAUUGCAAUUUUGUAUCUUUAAAUUGUAACUAUAUUUCUCACAAUUGCACCUUUAUAUUUCACUGUUAAGUGAUUCUUUCUUAAAGCUAUUUUAUUACCUUGUUUUAUUUUUUACUUCGAGGUGAUAGUGGGUUUGUAAAGCAUUGUUGCAGUGUGUGAAGAAGUCAAAAGUCGUAGUAAUUCAGCGAGUUUGAAAUUCUGAAAAUCUGAAAUUCUUUGCGCACUUUUGAGGGAGGGAGAGCAAAACUGGUUAAUCUGCAAAAUUCCUUAUGGAGUGUGUUAAAAUGUGUUAAAACAUCUGACAGUUUAGCACAUGCAUAAUUGCUGUCAAUGUUAAUUAUAACUUAAAGGUGCAAUAGGUGAUUCUCUACAUAAAUAUUUUUGUUAUAUUGGUUGAAAGUCUCCUCAUAUCCUGAUAACAUAGUGAUUCCAUGUUAAACGGUCUAAAUGUAUUUUUGUAAAUAUCGUCUGUGGAAGGUGUAGGACAGUGGCGUGCAGGUGCCCCCGCAUUCCCAUUUCUCCCCCCGGAACACGGGGGCACCGCGAUGCGACCACUUUCACUUUUGCGAUAAAAGGGGCAGGGGCUCAAGUUCUCCCACAUCCCCCCCAUCGCCCCCCAUCCAGACCUCAUUCAUGGAGCACUGCAAACAAACAGCAGCCAGCCACCUACAGUUCCUACCGAAUCAAAACAAAUAACUUAUACUGGUUUCACACCAUAUCUACUGUUAUUAAGAGACGGCAACCUGUGACAUUCUAACCGCAGAUGUUAAGUCAGACUCGGAAUCAUGCAUGUCAGCAGUAUCAACAUUGAAAUGAAUCUGUAGCAGUCAGGUAUAAGCUCUCUAAGGUAUUUACGUUCAUUAUUGUUACAUUAUGUGAUUUGAGACAUGAGGUAGUUUAAUGCCGUCUCUUCUCUUGUGAUGCUUUGCCGAGAGCAGCUGUGUGUAUUUAUGUGUUUUGGAGGAGGUGUGGCUUUGGACGGCAAAUUGCAGGGAGGGUCGUAUUCUUUUAAUGCUAGCAGGCUAACGUUAGCAUUUCCCAGAUCACCUACUGCACCUUUAAGUUAAGCAGGAUUUUUGCUAGUGUAUUAUUUGCAAUUAUUGCAAAAAUUUUCUGUUGAACAAAGUGCCAAUCAGUGGUUAGAAUAUAGAAAAUGACAGUGAGUCUUAUAUCUGUCUAAUAAAAAAUACAGAUACAAAAUGAUAUAAAUGUGCCUAAAUAAUUGAGUGCAAAGCUUUACUGAUGACUGAAUGAUUACUACAUGAUGUAUUGUAAAAUGUUCUGUAGUUAUUCUACCAGGAUUUGUUGUGCAUCUUUGCAAAGGAUACAUAUUAUAAUGGAAAUUUGACUUUAAAGACAGUUUAUGCAGUUCAACACCAAAACUUAUCUCUUUAUUAAGAGAUUUGGUUUUCAGGCUCUUUUAGCAAUUAGCAAUAAAGAACUUAUUCAGGUGGAAAGGGGGAAGUGAUAGUCUGUCUCCAGGAGGUUCUUCUCCCUCAGGACUGAUAGAGGGAGUUGAUUCCAGUAAGAUGGGGGAAACAAGGAGCAGGAAGGAGCCUCAAGGCAGAUAUGACUCAGCUUUGCCUCUUGAUCUCGUCCAGUCAGGGGAACUUUGUCAGAUUCUGUUCCUCUCCGCCCCCUUCACAUGGUGUGGUGACAUGUCUCUCGUUAUUGACAGAACUAGCAGCCAAAUAGCGACUAGUAACAACUGCUUAUUUUAUACUGUAAUUUCAAAAGCAUUGCCAUUUGAGUCAGAAAAUCUCAAGCUCAGUCAGAUUGAACUAAAUAACAGGUUCAAAUCGCAAUGAAGGAUUGUGGGAAAGUAUUCAAAUGCAGUCAUGACAAACACCCUAUGAAAUCUGUCCUUUUUUACUUGCAGGCUAAAGGUUACUUUUUUCUUUGUUACUUUUACUUUUUAGUCGUUGCAUAAGUGGGCCACUUGAUGGCAGCAAAUACAUACAAGGCCAGUCUCAAUGUCAAUGUUUUUUUCUUUCUUUUUUGCAGAAUACAAACCCAAUUAACCUGUCGAUUUGGGUUAGUCUUGCUGAACUCACAACCUAUUGCUGGAUCAAUAAAAAUGUGUUAGAAUUUACUCAGCCUCAUGUAAUAUUUAUAUGACUUUUUAUUUUCUAACUGUAUAUUUGGCUGUUGUUUGCUGUGAUUAAUGUGAAACCUGAUGGAUACGAAUUUAAAACAACAUGAGGGUGAGUAAAUGAUCAGAAUUUUCAUUUUUGGGUGAAUUAUUCCUUUGACCCUCAUCCUUCCCAAAAUCCAUUACCAUUGCUUCAGUUAUACCACUGACUUGCAUUAAGCCUUCACACUUGAAUCCCAUAACACCAUCAGCACAAAGUUCACGUUUAUUUUUGCUCACACGUCUAAGGCUUAUUAUCAUUUCAUCAAAUGCCAGUGUGGAAUAUGUUCAUGUCUCUGCCAUGAAUUCUUUUUAGGUCUCUGUUCUCUCAGCGCCCUCUUUCAGACAUUUUAUAUGACUAAUACAGCAUGUCAAUGCAAGCAUAAACAGUUUAAGGCUAACAAAAGCCAGCUACUGCAUAGAAGACAGAUGAUUCCAGCACCACAUAAACAACCCUGUGAGCAGCAAGCAUGUUCUUCAGAGUCCAACUGACAUUGGAGUGCACACAUUCCCUGAUGGAUUGGGCAAAGGCUAACUGCUAGCCAGCUAAAUGACAGAUUGCACAGUGACAGUGGAGAUGAUCACUGUCUUGUAUAGAGAAAGGCUGUUUCAUCUUGUCUGGUCUAAUGAGCCCAAGACUAAGAAAAUGACCCAUGUGACACUGCUAAGAAACUGAAUGGAAUUAAGGAUAUUGAUCAGGGACCUACAGUAAUUGUAGAGGGUGUUUAUAAUGACAGUGAUUGUGUGAUGAGAGUUUAUUUCUAAAGACAGAGCAAAGUUUUAAAAAAAGAGGACUUUAUGCAAAUGAGUAGCAAUUUGAUGUGGCGUGGCGUGGCGUAGUCAGUGGAGCUCAUGUGAUCCAUCUCCUGUGAGAUACAAGCUGAGAGUAAGAAGACAGUUAAUGUGAGCAAUUUCACUGUUCUAUAUAAUUUGCCUCUGCCCACACACACUACUGCUCAAAAGUUUGGGUCAGUAAGAUUUUAAU